AUGAGCGGGGCUACAUUCCAAAUCGAAUCCGAACCAGUGGGCCCCAAAUUCGCACCUUCAUCUGCACGCGACAAGCAAGCAUGGCAACGCCGAGCCGACCCAGCCUUGCGCAUGAGCAACCGACGCUCUGCCAUCCGCCAACCGAUGACUGCAAAGUGGAGGCAGUGGGGACUUCUUCGCGAACUCAACCACACCUCUCCUUCCUCUCGCCUUGUCGACCCGCACAGCACCAUGUCCGACGGAGCGCGAGCCACCAAGCUCUCGUUCGGACUCAAGCCCGCAUCCACCUCGCUGAAGCUCAGCACCAAGCCAAGCAGAGCUCCUUCAGCGCUCGCCUUUGACGAUGGCAGCGACGACGAUCAAGAGCGUAGAGACGUCCCGGAGGCCUCGACUUCCUCGAGCAAUCGUGGCGGAGCGCGAGCAUCCGUAAACCGACGGACGGACCCGCUCGGCACUCUGUCUGCCAAAGUAGCCGCGCCUCCGACUCGCGCCGAGCGCAAGAAGCAGGAGGAGGCCGAGGCACUGGAUGCCUCGGUGUUCGACUACGACGGCGUUUACGACACUAUCAAAGAGGCCGAGCGUCAAGUCAAGCAAUCCAAGGUUACGGAGGAUGCUUCCAAGAAGCCCAAGUACGUCGAAGGCAUCCUCGAGUCCGCAGAGCUGCGCAAGCGCGACCGGUUGAGGGCGGAAGCGCGCAUGAUUCAGAAGCAACGCGAAGCCGAGGGCGAAGAAUUUGCAGACAAGGAGUCUUUCGUCACCAACGCGUACAAGCAACAGCAAGCUGAGCUCGCAAAAGCUGAGGAGCUCGAGAGCAAAGCGGAGGCCAAGCGGCGCGACACGGACAAGGGCAUGGGCACUUUUUACCGUGACAUGCUCAACGACACGAGCGCCGCAAGAGACGCUGCCAUCGCUGCGUCCUUGUCAGCUCAAGCAUCCAGCUCCGGAUUCAAUGAGCCGAGAGACCGCGAGCGUACGGACGCUGAACUCGCGCGCGAAGCUCAGCAAAAGGGCCUCGAGGUUGAGCUUAACGAUGACAACGAGAUUGUGGACAAGCGCACGCUGCUCACAAAGGGACUCAACAUCGUUUCGAAGAAGCGCUCUGCCAGCGACACACAUGGUACGGCCGCUUCCGAGCGCGAGAGCCGCGAGUCUCGGAAGGAACGCGAUCAGAGGCGCCAGGAGGAGUACGAAGCUCGCAUGAAUCGCGAUGCGCAGCGGUCACGGCAGAGCGCGCUCAUCGAGGAGCAGAUGCUCGAGCUUGAACGCAAGCGUGCGCUCGAGGAAGACGAAGCGAGUCGGCGUGAGCGCAGCAAGAUUGAUGCGCGACGCAACGACAGCCAAGCCAUCUCGGAUGCGAAACAGCGCUACCUCGAACGAAAGAAGCAGCGUCUCGCAGCCACACCGGCAUCCGCAUCCGCCCCCUCCUCAGCUACUUCGUAA